AGAAAACCUCCUGGGCCUCCCGGAACAUCCGUGGCCUCUCCACCUGCGCCUGCGAUGGGGACUCCGCCAACAGGGGGAAUGACCCGCGCCGAGAGGUUUGAAGACGAGCGGAGGCGUAUUACAGAGAGCGUGUUCAGCAAGACGGACCCCAAUGGUGCUCUCGCGGAAUCCUACAUCACGCAUAUUCGAAUCCAGGAGGACUCACAGUACCCUCAAUCUCCGCCACCUCCCGAAUCGCCUCCUAAUAAUAAGAAACCGCGCAUUAUUCUAGUAUCCGUAAAGAGCUCGGGAAGGGUGCGAAUGCAUAAAGCCCGGGAAAAUCCUAAUGGAUCAUUCUCGAUUGGCAAGACCUGGAAUAUGGAGGACCUUACAGCGGUGGAGACUUUUGCCAAUUCAACUCCCACGAACGAAGAAGAGGCGAAGAGGAAGGAGUGGGCGGGAGAUAUUGGAUUCAUCGUGACGGUUGCAAAGCCGUACUAUUGGGAAGCUGGAACGGCGAAAGAGAAGGAGUUCUUCAUUGGCAGCCUCGUCAAAAUUUUCCGCAAAUACACCCAGGGAAGAGUGCCAGAGCUCAUUGGAUUCACUGCCAGAGAAACUGAGGUGCUUCUUGGUCCUUCUGGGGCUUUAUCACCCCGGCCGCCAACUGGACAAGGGAGACCAGGCCCCCCACCACCAAGGCCAGGACAACAGCGGAGUCCAAAUCGUGGCUAUCCUCCUGGUACGUCUCCAGAACCCCCAGGCCCUCCAGGGGUUGGGCGUCCACCGCCGAUGCCGCGGAGUCGACCAGGAACAGCAGACGAUGAUGGUAGAAGACCACAACCUAUUCGCGAUCCGUCGUUGCAUGGACCACAACCGAAUGCUCCGUAUUUCGGUGCAAGAGAUCCAUCGAGGCAGCCUAGAUCACAGCCUUCGAUGGAAAGGGGCAUGCGUCAACCGCCAAGUCGGGAACAAAUGCGCCCUCCGCCAAUUCCUCCAGGUCAACGUGGAGGUGGCGGCUCCACCGCAGGCUCCUUUGCCUCAUCGCAACGUCUAACGCCACAAUCUUCACGCUCUGAAGUCUCUCAAAACCGCCCUGCUACCCCUGAAAGUGGUAUGAACGCCUUGCCUCAGAGCCUUAUAUCAGGACAAAGCCCCAAGAGACGACCCUCUCCGUCAGACGAUACAAGGUCCGUGGAAGAGCCCACGUUUGAGCAACCUGGCUUGGGAAUAUCUGCACCUGAAAGACGAAGACCAAACGGAAAUGCCCCUCCUGCCCGAAGAGAGCCUUCGCCUUCAGGAUUACGGCCCGGAACGGCGCAGAGUAAUGGUAGUUCCAUAGUCUCACGCAACGAAGAGCUGUUCCUAGAGGAUCGCGCCCGGAAUGUGCCGCCCGAAAGACGAAGACCUCCAAUGCCAUCAGCCCCAGCAAGUCAACGCAGUAUGGAAAAUGAAUCUGUUGAUGAUUUCUCAGCUCCUCUUCAGACUCCUCUUGCAAGCCGUCCUUCUACCAGGGGAGCUACAGACGAAACUGAACGGAUGCCAGGAGCGUUUGAAUCUCCCGCUUUAGAGCCAGUGCGAACUCCGGAACCGCCUCAACCGGCCCCGGACACCGCGGUGCCUGAAAUACCGAUAAGAGCAAGGGAACCAAAACCAGCCACCCCGGAACCAGCUGUUCCAGUUGCUGAGUCAGAACCUGCGCCACCUGUACAGCCCCUCACGCCUCGAGAUGAGGAGGUAAGCAGACCUGGACUGGGACCCAUGGUCAAGAAGAAGCCUCCAACCGAGGUUGCCAAUGUGCUGCGCAAGGCCGCCUUCGCCUACAAUGCCUUUAAGCCUCGAGCUGGGGGUGCUGGAGAGAAAUUACUCUUGAAGGACCAGCAGAAGCCUUUGGACGAAGCUGACGGUAUUAGUGGAGUGUUCAAAGCGCCACGACCGAUUCCCAAGGAGGAACCAAAAGCAGAGCUAGAGGAGCCAGUGGAGCCAGAGAAACCACCAUUACCCGAAAGAGGGUCAAGAGAGGUGCCAAAGAUAGAUACCGGGGAUCAUGUUCCAUCUGUUACCGUCUCAAGUCCCACUUCUGCUGGUCCGCCAAAGACGAUUUCGGAAGCCGUUGUCUCGUCGAAGUCAAGAUCACCAAGCCCAGAGAAAGCCAAGUCUGCAAACGAAAACGAGGUUGAGAUCCGACGGCAAAAGAGGCGGUCAAAUCAUGAUACCAAAUAUUUAUCGAAGCUUGGCAUCGACCCAAGCAUACUAGAUGGCAGAGGCCUCGAUUUCGAGGCGACUCUGGUCGACUUUGGGUGGGGGAGCAGUGACCUCCACGUUAAGAAAAUAGAAAUGCUAGAAACAGAGGUUCGGCGAGAACUUGGUCGUGUCGAGGCCGGUAGCUGGCUAGGUCACCUAGAGCAAAAAGAUGACCGUGUCGAUGCUGUGGAGAGGAUGUUGGACCGAGCGAUUGCUGAGUGUGACGAGCUUGAAGGCCUAUUGACUCUAUACAACGUCGAACUUAGUAGUCUCAAUGAUGACAUCGCCUUCAUAGAAGCCCAAGGGCAAGGUCUUCAAGUCCAUACAGCUAACCAAAAGCUUCUUCAAACCGAGCUGAAUCAGCUGGUCACUACGAUCUCCAUUACUACUGACCAAUUAGAACCCCUGCGUUCAGCGCCAAUAGCUAAAGUCGAGGGCCUAGACGCUAUAGAGGCAUCACUGAUGUUGUUGUACAAGGCUAUGAUCACCAUUGAUCCGGCUUUAGCACAAGGGAGCCGAGCUAGUGCCGCAGAAGAUCCGUCGAAAUUCUCGAAUACAAUCGGAUUCGGUAAUAGUGAGCUUGCUACCAUGAGAGCCCUGCAGGAGAAGAGAGACCGAUAUAUCAGCGAGAGCACCAUGUUCAUGGGUCGCUUGAAACAAUUCAUGGAAGUCACCUUUGGCGCUGUCCUAAUGGACACCAAAGACGCUAUCGACCGACAGAUCAAAGAUAGCUCCAAGCCACCCACGAAACUGGAUGUCGGUGUCCAUGACCUUGCCAGGAACGCCUUGUGGAAGUAUAGUCCGCUCAUGCUAUUCGCCAAAGAGGUUGAUAACUUUGCCUGGAAUGAACUUCUUACCAUAUACCAGUCGAAAGCACGUCCGCACUAUCUGACUGAGAUGACCUACAAUGCCAAGGCAUGGCAAAAGCUGGCUCGUAAACCUACCGGAGACGAACAGGAACUGCUUUUUACCGCUCAGGAGAAGGAGGCGGAGUCACUUACCGGUGCCGCUCGAAAACUCACUGUCAAGCGCAGCCAAACGCUUGCAAGAGGUCUGCGGUCAGCAUCUGGUGAUAAGGAAGCCAAGUCAGGCAAAGCGCAGAAGGGUACACUGCAUCCUUUUGAAGCCUUCGCCAGCGCAUUGGAUGAGAUGUCACCUCUCAUCUUCACCGAGCAGAACUUCAUCACCGAGUUCUUCCAUGCCACGACCUCUGAGAACAUUGACUUCCCUGAUGCGGUCAAUUCGGCACCCCCAGAGGGCCGCCAUGGCGCGAAUCUAUUUGCUCGUAAGCUUUACGAACCUGAUCGAGCGAUGGCGAAACGGGUCACAGAGGUCAUGGAAGACAUGUUCUCUACCUGGCACAACAUGAUGCAGAACCUGAUGCAGUGGGCCAUCGAGGCAGACCCCUUACAAGGUGUUGGAGUGCUGUGUGCCAUCGACCGGAAGCUCCUCGAGCUCGAGGACACCAAUCAAGACUUCAUUACACGGACUUUGCAAAAGAUACAGGAGCGUCUCACUGGCCUCUUUACCCGCUUUGUAGACGAGCAGAUUCGAGCUAUCGAAGACACCAAAGUGAAGAUCAAGAAGCGGAAAGGUGUCAUUGCGUUCAUCAAGACCUUCCCGCAUUUCUCAAUCGCCAUUGAGAAUAUGCUUCCUCCAGCCGACGACCCGGAGCGGUUAGACGUCCGUGUCAUGGUCGACGACGCGUAUGGAAAGAUCAACAAGGCUAUGUUCGAGAGCUUGAAGGUCAUUGCUAAGGAAUCACCCGCUGUCAUGGCUACUCAAGGUCAAGGUGAUCCUGAAGACAAAGAAGCGCUGAACUAUCACAUCCUUCUAAUCGAGAACAUGAACCACUACAUCGAGGAAGUCGACGAGCGGGGAGACAUUAUACUCGGCGAAUGGCGUCAAAAGGCUGCAGAAGAGAUGAACGAGCAUAUGACGUUGUAUGUGGAUGCCGUCAUCCGGCGGCCGAUGGGCAAGCUGUUGGAAUUCCUCGAAUCCACAGAAUCUCUCCUUUCCUCCAUUCCCCCCGGCACACCCCCCACCAGCCUCGCUGCCCGCUCCUCCCAUGCCCGUCCCCUCUUCAAGAAGCUCGUCUCUGCCCACGACGGCAAGGAGCUACGUCGCGGUAUCGAGGCGCUCAAAAAGCGCGUCGACAAACACUACGGCGAUGCGGAUGAUCCAGGUCUCAGUCGUAACCUCGUUGCCAAGGUGCUGAAGGAGUGCGAGAAGAUGUAUGAGGAUAUCUGGAACAGGGCGGUGAGGGUCAACCAGGAGGUGUAUUCGAGUGAGGUGGAGAUUGAGUGGCGGAUGGAGGAUGUGGCAGCCGGGUUUAGGAAAUGAGAGGAGAAAGCAGGGGGUUCUUGUAUUGUUGUUGUUUCGCGGCAAAUACCUUGGUCUGUGUUUUUCGCUUGCUAUUGGGUUCUGCGGAUUGUAGGGAUGGGUCGCGAGGCGUGGGGAGUAUGCGAGGCGUUUUGGAUGGAUGCGUUAUGUGGCAUUUCCUGGAUGUAGGUAGGAAGGUCUCUGUGCAUACAUGGCAGUCUCUCGUCUUAACUUGGUUUUGUGUCUUUGUGAUGAGUUCUUAAGUGGACUUUGUUGGUUGCUUCAGCCUUUGAUUAAAAUUCUAUAAAUUAAGUUGACUUCACAAUCAUGGC